AUGAGUAUGCAAACAGCAGGGGAUAUUCCCAUGAUCGUUAAAUCAGAGAAUUCUGGAUCAGAGAGACGAAUUACUCCAUCUUGGUCGAUUGGUCAACUGAAAUCCAAACUCGUACCCGUGACCGGUAUUCCUGCUUUGGAUCAAAAACUGACCUUAUGGAUCAACAAUCAACAAUCCGUCGACAUUCAAGCUCUGGAUGAAGAGACAACACAAUUGACAAACUUUCCAUUGGCACCACACGCCGUUAUUCACGUGACCGACACCCGCCCCCCUGGCCUCCGUGAAAAUUACACCGAUGUCUCUGCAGUCGAUAAAUACACCCUCCCUGUAGAAUCCUACGAGAAACGAUCCGACAGUGUUCUUGCCUGGAAAAGGAAUGAAAGGCUCGGACGAUUCAACCCCGAUGCUCCGACUCUUCUCGAUGCCAAACUCGCCGUCUACGAUAACGAGAUUCAAGAGAAAGGUAUCUCAGUAGGAAAGCGAUGUCGAGUCGGAGAAGAUGAUUCCCGAAGAGGUGAAGUCAUGUACGUAGGUGACGUGGAGGAAAUUCCUGGUGGAGCAGGGAAAUGGAUUGGCGUUAAAUUGGAUGAACCUGUCGGAAAGAAUGAUGGUAGUAUAGGUGGAAAGCGUUAUUGGGGUCAAGAAGGCGAUGGAAAAUUCGGAGUCAUUGUUAGACCGGAGAGAAUUACCGUGGGAGAAUUUCCUGUCUUGGAUGAUCUGGAGGAUAUGGAGGAGAUGUAA